UUGCCGCAGACUCCUAGGCUAUAACUUCACUUUAGUAAAGGGUCAACCUUUUUUUUACAAAAAGAAGUUAUUUGCUGCAUUGUCAGUGAACAAACUGUGAUAAAUUGUAAAAAUAUAAAAAAUAAAACGUAAGAAAGUUAAAUCUACAAACGUAGUUCAAUAUAAAGAGGGGUUUAAUUAAAUGCUUGAACAACAGCCGGUAUGCAAGAAAAACUUCAGUAGAACUGCGUAAUAGGAGCGAGUUUUAUCGAAAGUGCUGGCGUGAACCUGCAGGCUUCCGUAUGCGUGCGGCAGUCAUGGCGGCGUGCAGCGACACCCAGGACAGCGUGCCCGGCAGACUUCACUUUUUUCUGAACGUGCCCUUUCCGUCGGAGCGGGAAGCCAGCAUCGCCCUCGGGUCACUCGCCCCCGAUAGCGAACCUCGCAAAGGGGGUAUAAGCAAGGAGAUGUGUACCGCGGGUAACAUUCUCAACGUAAAGUGGAGCGCAGACGAGGCUCGGAUUCUCCGUGUCUCUGUCGGGUCCUUCCUAGAUCACUUAGCACUGGUUUUGGAAACGAUGCUGGAGUUCGGUCCGCCAGUUCCUCUAUGAUACUCUGCACCUGGAAACGAAAGACUGGGUUACUAAAAGGGAGUUUAAUGACAGUUAUCGCUCCCUAGUAAAGCGAUGGGGAACGGAAAUGCAAGCGUUAUCGAGAUGGUUUACAGCAGAUAUGUGAAGUGCGAUGCGUAAUCGCCAUUAUUACAUUCAUUCUCAUUUAUUUUAGGCAUGUCCGAUAUUUGAGGUUGCAUCUGUGUUUUUUGCAUAUAUUUAUAUUUUGGAUGAAGGGGUCACGAAAUACAUUAAUGGAUAGUGUGGCGGUGUUCUGUAUGAUGAAUUAAUUCAUGUUAUUUUAAAAAAUAAAUACUAUUUGUAACAUCCAAAAUACCCGUCCCAGUUGUGCUAGCUUUUCAGACUUUGCUAAAUAACCUUUCAGUGCAACUGGCAAGUACUUAUUUCAUUUUAAUCAAGUAUAUUGUUAAUUGAAAAAAAUUCCACUGGAUAGCUGUUUUCACUGUUUUUGUAAUAGUGACAAUAAAGAUCUAUCUUAUCUUA